ACUCGUAGCACAGGUUUUGCAGCUUUUGCUCUGUGUACAGGUCUCUGUGCACACGCUGUUCUUCACAGCUGCUUGAGAGGAACGAACCCUUCUGGGAUCAGAAUGGGCGACCAGUGGGUGACCUGGUGGGUUAUUCUGGGAUUCAUGCCAGCACUGCUGGGUGCCGUUACCAUCAAAGAAUCAAGUAUUGAUUCCAUUCUACAUCCUAAGGGAGAUAGUGUGAGCCUGAGCUGUACGUAUGUCCUGGACCCCUCCGACAUUGGAGUCUUGGACAUUGAAUGGUCCAAGAUGAACCCAGACACCACAGGAUUGGAUGACCUGAUUAUCACCUACAUGGACAACAUCGUGGUGCCAAAAGCUCCAGCAGAACUUGUGAGCCGCCUCUCUUUUAAAACUGUGGAUCCCAGCCAGGGCGAUGCCUCCAUCACAAUAACUUAUCUGGAUGUUAAAGAUUCUGGCACCUACCAGUGCAAAGUGAAAAAGAACCCUGGGCUGGCUAUGAGGAAAGUUGUGUUAGUCAUUCAAGCGGCCCCUUCGAAUCCUCAUUGUUUUAUCGAAGGAGAAGAGACCAAAGGAAGUGACGCCAUCCUGAAGUGCAAAACAAGCGAGGCAACCCCGCCUCUGACUUACAAAUGGGAGAAGAUAGCCGGACCCCCCAACCCAGCCACCCCGGUGAUAAACAUGGCUCCCCCGAAUGGAGAUUUACUAAUCAAAAACAUCUCUGAUGCCUACGCCGGAGCAUACCAAUGUACGGUGGGGAACAAAGUGGGAAGUGGAACGUGUGUGGCUCACUUAUCUAUAACUGCAGGUAACCGUACUGGGAUAAUUGUUGGUGCAGUCAUUGGUGCUUUACUUUUGCUGCUUCUUCUUCUCCUCCUCAUAUGGUGUCUGAUCUGCCGCUGUAACAAAAAGCGCUAUGAAAAAGAGAUAGCCAACGAUGUAAGAGAGGACGUGGCAGCUCCUCCAAGUAACAACAAUAGCCGCGCCAGCAGUUUACGGAGUGCCGUUGGCUACCGAUCACACAAUAUACGCUGGUCCACUCGGCAAUCCUACAAUGCAGCACCAAAAGAUGAAUUCUCAGCUCCAUCCUUGACCAACAGUGAAGUCUCCAAGAAAAUGGCCGAGAGCCCUGUUCCCUCAUCUGGACCUAUAUUUAUUGUUCCUGAGCAAAGCGGAAAAUAUCAUCCAUAUAAUCUGCAGCGAGUAGGGGGAGUACCGGUGAUGGUGCCGGCACAGUCUCGAGAAGGUUUCAUCGUCUGAGUCGUCUGUUUUCUUGAGAACUUUGUCCUACACAUGAAUAUCACAUGGGACCCGAACAUCUCAGAAUGUAUUCUAUUGCAACUUCUCUAUUUGUAUAUAUGUAUAAAGGUCCAUUGCGGAGAAGACGCCCCUAAUAUUCUGGUUCAGGCCACAGCACAUGUUCCUGGACUUUGCACAGCCUUCUACCCUUCCUUGCAGUAGCCUUUACCCUAGAUCCACUUUUUCUGUGAUUAUUGUGAUGCCUGAGGUAGAGUCCUAUGUAAGUUCAUACUCCAUAUAAGUAAUAAGGAAAUUCUCAGGCAUGGCCCUCCACCUCCAAGCACAUAAACAAGGCCUCAAGGGCUGGACCUCUUGGCCAGAGGCAUAACUUGAAACUUCUGAGCCUCAACACUUUUGCCCCUUCAAGUACCAGGGUGCAGCUGCCUCCUCUCUAUCCACUGAUCUUUUCCAACAAGAUAAUGAACAUUUCUAUAAACUGUAAACUAAAUCAUGAUUCAUAACCUUGUGCCAAUCACUAUGACAAUAAGAUAUUUUUUUUUACCUUGGGUGGAAUUGGAGAUCUCAUGCAUUUUGUGAUUUUUGGUUGUUUUUGUUAAUAUAAAAUGUUGUACAAAG